UAACGGGCGCGCACCGAGGCUUCUGAAUCGACGUGACCGGCGCGCGCCUCGUCGCGUCGCGUUCCGGGACGACAGGAUCGCGAAGGCAGAAUGAAGCCCGGCCUCUUCGUCACGUGCGUCACGAUUCUGCCGGCGGUAUUGAUUACGUCGACGUGCGAGAUAAACGCUAGCCCGACGGAAGACGCGAAGGCAGUCGGGAACGGGAACGAUUACGCCCAAGUCCUCGGGCUGUCGUUAUUGUUUUACGAAGCGCAGCGUUCUGGCAAGCUGCCGAGGAACAACAGAAUUUCAUGGCGAGGCGAUUCCGCGCUGUACGACCGCGGCUCGAAUGGCGAGGAUCUAACUGGAGGAUAUUACGAUGCUGGUGACUUUGUUAAGUUCGGCUUCACCAUGGCUUUCACGACGACGCUUUUAGCCUGGGGAACGGUCAGCUGGCCGGAGGGUUAUGACGCCGCCAGUCAACUGGACGAAGUUCGUAGAGCCAUCAAAUGGUCUACCGAUUACUUUAUCAAGUGUCACGUAAGCGACAACGUGCUGUACGGGCAAGUUGGCGAUUUUCCUAUCGAUCAUAUGUUUUGGGGAAGACCCGAGGAGCUGAAUAUCACCAGACCAACCUACAAGAUUGAUGCGGAGCAUCCUGGUUCCGAUCUUGCUGGCGAGACGGCCGCCGCUCUCGCGGCCUCGAGCAUCAUCUUCAGCAGCGUCGAUCCUGAGUACAGCGCCAAGUGUCUCGAGCAUGCGAAGGGCCUGUACAAAUUCGCCGACGUUUAUCGCGGCCUCUAUCACGAGGCAAUACGCGGCGCCGAGCGAUAUUACGAGAGCACGGACUACGGCGACGAGCUGGCGUGGGCCGCGAUUUGGCUCUUCAAGGCGACCGGAGACAUGAAGUACUUCGACGACGCGGUGCAUCACUACCAGCAUUUCCAUCUCAAGGAGCGACCGAAUGCAUUCUUCUACAAUAAAAAAGUUGCCGGUAUCCAGGUGCUGCUGGCCGAAUUGACGGGACAGCCCGAGUAUCUGAAUGCCACCCGCGCGUUCUGCGACUUCUCGGUGCGGCAGCAAAAACGCACACCGAAGGGCCUUCUGUUUAUCGACAAGUCCGGUACUCUUUCUCACGCCGCUAACGUGGCCUUCGUCUGCCUGGUCGCGGCGGACUCCCCGGAAAUCGGCGACUCGCAGGAAUACCGUCAAUUCGCCAAAGAACAAAUUGACUAUAUGUUGGGUGGAGCGGGAAGGAGUUACGUGGUCGGAUACGGUAAAAAUCCACCGAAACAGCCGCAUCAUGCCGCGUCUUCUUGUCCCAAUAGACCGGCGUCCUGCGGAUGGCAAGAAUUCAGCAAGAACGCGCCAAAUCCGCAGAUUCUCUACGGUGCUCUAGUCUCCGGACCGAACGAGGUGGACUCGUUUAAAGAUUGUCGCGAGGAAUACGCCUAUACGGAGGUCACGCUGGACUACAACGCUGGCUUCACCAGCGUGCUCGCCGGACUGCUGCAACUGCAAUUGAAGAGCGUGGAUAGAAGAUUGCCAAAAGAAAAUUAAUUUGUAGUAUUUUUUUAAUCAACGCGUAGACGAAUUUCCAUGUAAGACCGAGGCUCUUGCUGAUUCUUUGUAGUGGAAUACAAAGGAACUUUUUUUACAAUAUGAAGAAUUACGUCUCGUUUUCAACUUAUAACAUUUUUAUAUUAUUAACUAUAAUUUUAUAUUAGAAAUUUAAUUAUACUUUAUACAGGG